CUUCUCUUGACACGCUUGUAGAGGAGGUCCGUGUCCAUGGCUUGCAUACCUCCACUGAGUGGCGCCGCGAGCCAGCAUUCGGAAGCCGAAGUGGGAUUACUCCUGGAGCAGAUUAUCCGAUGGUGUCUCCUCCGUAUGAAUGGGCUUGAUAAAUAACAAACUGCCUCCAAGGCUCAAGUCUAGCUACUUUGCUACGCAGAGUUUCCUCGUCGCCGUGUCGAAUCAUUGCUCCUUGGGCCAGGCAAACCAGCUCUCAUGGCUUCAAAAGGAGAUAUUCAGCUGGCAUCCUUGGCCGCCGGCUUCACUCUUGGGUUCGGCUUUCUGACCGUGUGGCAGGCCAUCAAACAGACUCAGAGGAACAAGCGCCCAUGGAGGAGUGCCUACGUGUACAUGGUAUGGGGCGAGAUUGCCGCAAACCUCGCCAUAGGCAUCAUUGGGUGGAUUUUCUUGGACGGUGUCAUAUCACCAACCGUCCCGGUUCUCUUCUUCAUCUUGUUCCUCUGGGUAUUCGAGAUCCAGCUACUUAUGCAAAUUAUCGUCAACCGAAUCGCCAUUAUUGCGGAACACCGGACUACAAUCUUCAAGCUCAAGUGGGGGACCGCCAUAGUCAUCACAUGCAUCAACAUCGCCGUGUUCUGCAUCUGGAUCCCGUCGCACACGGUUCCGCCAGUCAAUGACUUAUUUGUGCGCAUCAACGAUGUGUGGGAUCGCAUCUCCAAGAUUCUGAUUCUGCUUGUCGACGCCGGUCUCAACUACUACUUUCUGCGCACCGUCAAGAGACGGCUUGUCAUACAGCAUGGGUUGAUCAAGUACGCACCGCUCGUGAGCUUCAAUGCAAAAUUGAUGGUCCUUUCGAUUUGCAUGGACGGCAUGCUCAUUGGCCUCAUGUCACUACCCAACCAGGUAGUUUACAUACAGUUCCACCCUGUGACAUACAUGGUCAAACUCAACAUUGAAAUGUCCAUGGCGGAUCUCAUCACACGUCUAGCACGCGGCGAAGGCUCCGACACUUACCUCCCCUCGACAUCGCACAACAGAACCGUCACUGGAGAGGAAGGGGGAGCCGGUCAACAGGCGCACCACUUCACGCUGCACUCCAUGAGCAGACCCAAAGCUGCGCCCGGAGAUUCCUCUUCAGACGACCUAGGUGAUCUUGGAACUGCUGGCGGAGUUGGUGACCGUGGCAAGCUGGACACGGGUAUCCAGGUCGAAACGGUGAUUACUAGCAGGACGGAGCGCCGUGGCUCCAAAGUCGAGCGGGAGCGGGGCUUUGCUCGGCGCCGGGAAAUCGACGAUGAGUUGCCACUGGCUCAUGAAUCGGAUGAUGGUGUGAUGCGGGAGAGAUACUAAUGGGGUCAUUGCCGUCAGGAGCUCUGUCCAGCACAGAGGUAAUAGCCAGGAGAGCAGCUGCUUGGAC